UGUAUUGAUGUGUGAAUGGUGCGAUAAUGGAUGGACCAAAAAAAAAAAAAGGUUCCACGGGAUAGUCUUGUCCCUUUUCAGGUGGCAAUGCCGGAUCUUUAACGGUCUGUAUCUUUUCUCCUUCCCUCUUUUCAACGCUGGAAAAAAAAAGAGCUUUCUUAGAAAGCCAACAAGAAUAAAAUACAAAACACACACCCGCACCAUCGCCCACCUUUACCGCUCCAUUUUAUUUUAUUUUUUAUAUUCCUUGCCGACUCACUUGGUUCACCAAAAAGUUACAACCUCUCAUGAUAGGUGGAAAUCAUCGAUACGCAGACCCGGAAAGAGCCACGAAGCGCAAGAGAUACAAAGUCACCCGGGCUUGCGAUGUCUGCCGUCGAAAAAAAACAAAAUGCGAUGGUGAGCAGCCUUGCAUAGGUUGUGUCAAGGCCCACAUUGAAUGUCACUACACAUCCAGCGAGUUUUGCCAUCACGGUGAAACAAUCACACGAGGUCCCUCUGCCAACAGCACAGCAUCAACAUCAUCAUUAUCGUCCACGGCUAGUUUGCUACCCGCCAUUGCACCUAAAUCGGUUCAUUCGCCUGUCAUGGCCAACAACGCCACCCCGUCGUCUUCGGAAUCGCCACCUGCUCUUUCACCGACGCGAUCGUGCUCUUCCAUGGAAGCGAUUGAAGAACGACUAUGUCUCAUUGAGGAAGUGCUGCGUUCGUUUUUAAAAACGGAUCAUGAACAUCUAUUGACACUACUGGAUCGCGGCGGGCCCCGUGGAGGCGUGACCUCCUCAAUAGUGGCACCACGGGCAUCCACCGGUGGAGCGCCAUUGAUGACGACAAGAACUCCCGUGCAUACACAUGCUGAUCCAAAAUGCGGGAAUGCAUAUUUUCACUCCGACAUGCAUAUCUCCACUCCUCCUCCUUCUUCUCAUCCUCCUUCUUUCAUCGCUCACUCACAUGAGGCUGGUGCGGCUUAUCCAUCCACCGUCCCGGCUUAUGCCACCAAUGGAUCUAUACCCGUUCUGCUACCGGAACCACUUCGAAAAUACCGAGCUCCGGCUGAAGAAUCUACCAAAUCCGAGCCAUCGCCUUCCAUUCAACAUUUACUCAACAAAACCAGCGAUCCGCAACAACAGCAACCACGAGACCCACCUUCCCAACCCACCUUGACGCGGCCUUCCAUGUCCCGGUUCCAUUCUUAUCCCAGCAUGCCAUCUCGUCCCUUGUCAUUUUCCGAAGGCAAAACAGAUCCACGGAAACCACCUCAUGAUCCUGCUUACUUUGAUCAGUCUUUAUCCUCCUAUAAUCGACCUGCGUCCGAUCGCAUGACUUAUGGCGUGGUCAACGGACUUACACAGUAACAUCGACCUCACAGUGUACGGAAUUCUCGGAUGAGGGUAUGUUUUAUCAACUUGUUAUCCGGAGGAUCAAGGAAAGAAAAAAACACCAUGACGACACCAUAUCCUUCGUUUCCAUUCAUACAAUUGUUUCAAAAAUAAAGUGACGGACCAUGUAACGAAAUGAAAAAAAAAGAAACGGAUGGGUGAUGGACACUUGCAUCGAGAAACAUAUUGGUUUCACGCAGAAGAACCAUCAUUUGCUACAGUAUUUGAAAUUAUUUUAGAACGGACUCACGGCGGAUGCAAGUUGGGGAUUUAAUGUUGAACGAAUGGUGACGUGCUAGGCAGCAAAUAACCAUGAAUGAUAUCCCGCUAUUGUAUUUCACGGCGCGUCAUCAAUAAAGACAAA